AUGCACGCUUUAGGUGAGUUUAGUUCGAAGCAUAAAAAUCAAAUAAACAUUUAAAAAAAAAUAAAUUAAAAAUUAAAUAAAAAAAAAUUUUAAAAAAAAUUUUGAUAAAUAUAAAAAUCAUAAAAAUCAAAUAAACUAUUUAUGUAAACAUUUUUAUGUUUAUAUAGAUAGGCCUUACUGACAGUGGCCAUUCGUCACAACAUUAAUUGAUAUAUGUUUUGUGCAAUAUUUGGGUAGUUUUGAGACGUACAUUUGUAUCCUAAUGACUAAUUGUUCUUUUUUGAUCGGGUCAUAAACAAUGGCGCUUCUCGUACAAACUCCCGCUUCUCAGCUAUCGUCCUCGUUUGACCAUGGGUUUUUCUCUAAUAUUUUCAAGGUUUCUUCCAUGAACAGUCGCGUCCUGACCGCGAUACUUAUGUUUCCAUUUAUUGGGAAAAUAUUUUACCAGGUGAGUCUUAACAACCUCGUAUUCAGGCUUUCUCCUCGACGUAGGAGCAUAUUUGCACACUCGCUGUACAGCUUGUCUGCGCUAAUUUUCGCCAAGAUUCUAGCUUAAACCUAGUGUAUUUAUAAAUGUAUUUUAAUUUCCCCAAUUGUUUCAGGACAAGAGAACAAUUUUGUUCGUUAUCCCAAACAAACUUUCACAACGCUUGGUCUUCAGUACGACUACGAAAGUGUCUUACAUUAUGGAAACACAUUUUUCUCAAAAAAUGGGAGGCCGACAAUACUUGCGACGACGAUGCCUUUGAUCACGCUGGGUCAGCGGAAUGGUAUGAGCAAGUUGGGUCAGCGGAAUGGUAUGAGCAAGUUGGAUUACGCUAA